AUGGCAGAGAAGAAACUUGACUUGGAUGCACCACUUAUUUCGACUCGGCGGAUGAAGAAAACAGCGGUCUCUGUGCGUACAAACAUGGCAAAGAAGCUUACUGAUGAUGACUCCAAGACAAGUGAAUCUCUUUCUGUUCCAGUUCUUGUCCAAGACAUGGGAUUAGAUCAAGUUCCGGAAUCUGCUUCUGUUCCUUUCAAAUGUCCAUUGGAGAAAGCCAUUGAUGGAAACCUACAGAGUUCAAAAGGUAAGCAGGUACAAGAAGAAGAAGCAGAGAGUGAAGAUGAUGAUGUCUUUUCUGAUGCUCUUGAUACAUUGUCUCUAAAAGAUAGCAUAAGUGGUGUUGUUGAGGCAAAAAAACUGCCAGUCCAAUCCAAGGAUCCUCAAUCUCAGGAUUUCAUGUUGAAUCGUUUCUUACCUGCCGCGAAAUCCAUGACUGUGGAGCAACAACCUCAAUAUCCAUUGAAGCGGCAACCAUUGCCUCUCAUGUCUGAAACAAUGAGACAGAUUAGAGAUAUAGUACCAGCCGAGAGUCGUGCAACGCCUAAGAGGUAUGAGUCUGUUUCCACUCCACCUUAUUAUCAUCAGGGCAUAUAUGAAGAAGACAGUAGUGAGGAAGAUGAAGAUGAUGAAGUUUCUGAGUAUCUUUCUAAGAGAGGAUGUGGGAUGAUGUCACCACAAUUGUGCUUUAAAAACUCACUUGGUAUGUUGACCUCAGUGAAUGGUCUUAAAGAGAAACCUUACUCCCUAAAAACCUCAAGCCAUGACCAAGCCAAGUCAAGCAAGGUCGCACAACUCAAAUCUCGGUUCCAAUCUGUGAAAAAGCUCGCUCUUGAUUCAAUUUAUAAGCAGAAGUUGGGAAGUAGACCUCAAUCUCCAGUACACCCAAGUGUUGGGAAGAAGUUUAACUUUGGAUCUGAACAACUUGAAUCAAACCUUAGUACUGCAAGUAUGCCAUCAUCUCCUUACAGACAAGCUGGUUGUAUGUCACCGUAUCGAAGUGUAGGAAACGGUUCCCCUCUUCACCCUUUGGGUUUCCCCGGGACUCGCAAAGAAGCAGAGAUUAUGAGAGCUAACAGGCUAAACAAGCAUAUCAGAACCAUAAGCAAGUCUCAGGAUUUACUCUAUCCAAAGAGCACAAGACCUGACUGUUCUACAAGCUCUGUCAUGGAGAAGACAUUAUAUAUAGACACAGAGAAUUGUCCAAAGAACAGAAAUGAUCAGGGUAAUUCAGAUGUCAAGAUCUUGCCACGAAUUGUAGAAACAGUUCCAGAGGAACAAGAAAUGGCGGGAAACAAACCGAAAGCCAUUCUCGAGCAUCAGGCUGUAGAAGCUCUUUGUACUAACAGUGGAAUCAAGAUGAUGGAGGGAGAUGAGUCGAAAAAGAACAACAGUGGAUGUGAUUUGUCUCCCCUCACUCCACCGCCGCCCAAAAAGCCUUCUGAUUCUUGGCUUUUCCGUAAUCUGCCUUCAGUAAGCUCAAAGAUCCCUUCGCGAGGUUAUCUGUUUCAUCCCCGAAAAAAGGAUCUUGAAGAAAACUCUGCAAGUGUUACCAAGUGGGAAACUAUAGUCAAGACUUCUUAUAUACACAGAGAUUAUAUUCGCUAUUCUGAAGAACUGGUUGCUCGGACUUCUUGUCAAUCCAAUACUUAA